GUUUCCUCUCACUUUUUAGAUUUUGGCGAAUUCAUGGAUUGGAUCCAAGAUCCAAGCAAAUUUACAAAAGACCUCCACGAGAUCCAAAAAGACAACACCCAACAACCACACUUACUUCAAUGAAUAAGGUGUGGCCAGAUGAAGUGGUUUGGAUUGGUGCUCCUGGUCCAUCUAAUUUCGUCUGCUUCUUUGUUCAUCCUCACGAACGCAACAGUCGAGGAGAAUGAGUGUGCGGACGACGAAACCAGUGACACAUGCAAGCCCAACCAAAAAUGCGACGACUAUCUGGAAGGAACGGGGGUGGAACAGAACGAUGGUCAAGGCAAGAUACCCGACGAGAUUGUGCAGCAAGUGCGACAAACCGUCUGUGACAUGAACGCCUAUUAUGCCCAUUUUAGUAAGGAUGAACGGUAUCGGUUUUUGAGACCCACCUGCAUCAAUCAUGGCGAGUUGUGUGCGUUCUGGGUGGUGCGUGGUCAGUGCUCGGCACCAGAAUACCAAGAAUUCAUGGCCAAGGAAUGCCCCUUGGCAUGCCAGCUGUGUGAUGACAAUGAGGACGUGGAGACGCGACAAGCCAGAGCCUUUCUGGACUUUUUAUUUACCAAUUUGACAGAAGCCUACAACCACAAAAAGACGCAAGACAUUCUUCACAGAAAACGGCGGAGAGCCUUGGCCUCACUCCUACAAAGUCUGGAUAUGGAUCCCAAAUUACUACAACCACGGACACGAACAUCGUGGACACUGCAAGAUGGUAAUUGGCUGGAAACACUGAAUGCACGCAUUUUAAAGCUCAUUCCCGAAUCCAUGCUCAAGAUUUACACGGACGACAAUCUACCCAGCCAACAGGAUGCAAAGACAUUGGCCGCCAUCCAUUCGAUUUCCUACUCCCCGAAAACGACGAAUGUACUGUCAGAAACAUCAGUGUCCUACCGUUUUCGUGGUCAAAUCAUGAGUAUACUGGCCGAGGCCAUGGAUCACUUGAUCAUUCGACCCAUGCAACUGACCGUGUCCUUUGCCAUUCCAAACAAAGCUGCCAUUCAAGCACUCCAAGAACUCCAUACACCCAUUGUCGAAAUGGGAGCUGGAAGUGGUUAUUGGACCGCUCUGCUCCGACAUGCCGGCAUACACGUGGAUGCCUACGAUCGGCAGGGGGCUCAAUCCAAAGACCACGAAUUCUACGAUACGUGGUAUACCGAGGAUAUUCACCAAGGAGACUGUGAAACGGUAUUUCAACAUACACAACAACUCGCCGAAACCCACACGCUCCUAUUGAUAUGGCCCAAUGAUCCGGAUCCCGUCGACAAUCCACAAUUUGUCGUACACGACAAGAGCCUAUCAUCACAACCUACAUGGGACGUGGCAUGUUUGCGUGCUUACAUGAAUGCAGGGGGACAGCGGGUGGUGUUUGUCGGGGAGAGGGAGACUGUGUUGCAAGACAAGUAUGGAAUUUCGGAUUCGGGGAUUUCGGCGACACGAGAAUUUCAAAACACACUGAAAGAUAGGUUUGACUUGGAGCAACGGAUUGGCAUUCCUUCCAUGUGGCUCAACGAGGAUGAUCUUACGAUUUGGAAACGCAAGGACGAAGGUAGUACAUAGGACCCGUAAAAGUAUUAUGAAAGGUGUCAUCCUUUUGCUAGCUUGCAGAAUCAUGGUGGGCAAAUCCUGCGACAAUACCAUUGUGCAUUGAUUAAUCUAGGGAUCUAAGAGAUGUAAAGUUUGUAUUUCCAAAUAAGUGAGCAGUUAUUGAUUAUUUUCUAGAAUAAGC